AUGUCUGCUGAACAAGUUGAAAAGUUGUCUAUCCAAGAAGAAGGUGCAGUCGAAACCUCUGCUGAACCUGUUAUUCUUGGUGAAGAUGGUUUACCAUUAUCUAAAAAAGCAUUAAAGAAAUUACAAAAGGAAAAGGAAAAAGCUGAUAAAAAGGCUGAAAGACAAAGACAAUUAGAUCAAGAAAAAGCUGAAAAGGAAGCUGAAGCUGCCAAUGAUCCAGCUAAGGAAAAAUAUGGUAAAUAUCCAUUGAUCAACUCUUCUUUCAAAACUGGUGAUAAAAGAAUCCAAAUUAAGGAUUUAUCUGCUGCCAAUGAUGGUGAACAAGUUGUGUUUAGAGCUAGAGUUCAUAAAGCCAGACAACAAGGUGCCACCAUGUUGUUUUUAACUUUAAGACAACAAUCUGAAUUAAUCCAAGGUUUAUUGAGAUCCAAUAAAGAUACUGAUAAAUCUGCUAUUUCUAAACAAAUGGUUAAAUGGGCUUCAUCUAUUAAUUUAGAAUCAAUUGUCGUUGUUUAUGGUACUGUUAGAAAAGUCGAUGAAUUAAUUAAAUCAUCCACUGUUCAAGAUGUUGAAAUUCAUAUUAAUAAAAUACAUACCAUUCAUGAAACUCCAGAACAAUUACCUUUAUUAAUUGAAGAUGCUUCAAGAUCUGAUGCUGAUGCCGAAGCUCUUAAUCUUCCAACUGUUAAUUUAGAUACUAGAUUAGAUGCUAGAGUUAUUGAUUUAAGAACUCCAACCAAUCAAGCUAUCUUUAAAAUUCAAUCAGGUGUUUGUUUAUUAUUUAGAGAAUUCUUAACCAAAAAGGGUUUUACUGAAGUUCAUACUCCAAAAAUCAUUGGUGCUGCUUCUGAAGGUGGUGCUAAUGUUUUUGAAGUUAAUUAUUUCAAAGGGUCAGCUUAUUUAGCUCAAUCUCCUCAAUUUUAUAAGGAACAAUUAAUUGCUGCUGAUUUUGAAAAAGUGUUUGAAAUUGCUCCAGUUUUUAGAGCUGAAAAUUCUUAUACUCAUCGUCAUAUGACUGAAUUUACCGGUUUGGAUUUAGAAAUGGCAUUUGAAGAACAUUAUGAUGAAGUUCUUGAUGUUUUAAUGGAAUUAUUUGUGUUUAUCUUUACUGAAUUAAAGAAAAGAUACGGUACUGAAAUCGCUACUGUUAGAAAACAAUUCCCAGUGGAAGAAUUUAAAGUUCCAGAAGGUAAAAUGGUUAGACUUCAUUUCAAAGAAGGUAUAGCUAUGUUAAGAGCUGCUGGUAAAGAAGUGGAUGAUUUUGAAGAUUUAUCUACUGAAAAUGAAAAAUUAUUAGGUAAAUUAGUCAGAGACAAAUAUGAUACUGAUUUCUAUAUCUUAGAUAAAUUCCCAUUAGCAGUUAGACCAUUCUAUACUAUGCCAGAUCCAGAAGAUCCAAGAUAUUCUAAUUCAUAUGAUUUCUUUAUGAGAGGGGAAGAAAUUUUAUCAGGAGCUCAACGUGUUCAUGAUGUUGAAUUAUUAAAGGAAAGAUUAGCUGCUCAUGAAGUUAAUUAUAAUGUUCCAGGUUUACAAGAAUAUGUUGAUGCUUUCACUUAUGGUUGUCCACCUCAUGCUGGUGGUGGUAUUGGUUUAGAAAGAGUGGUUAUGUUCUUCUUAGAUUUGAAAAAUAUCCGUAGAGCCUCUUUAUUCCCAAGAGAUCCUAAACGUUUAAGACCAUAG